GGACACAUUUGCUACAUUCGCGUGAUAUAUCCUCGUCGCCCGCGGUCUUGCCUUCGCCGAACAUGCGCAUGUUCAUGUCAAGCGUAGUGCGAGGGGAAUAAUAUUUUGGCUUUUCGGGGCCUAAAAUUAGCCGGAAAAUGCAUAAGUUAAAAUUUUCACAAAGGGACAAGGUAAAAAAAUUCAUAACGUUCACACAAACCGGAGAGCAAACUGCGAUAUAUUGUUUAGCCCAGAAUGAUUGGAAGCUGGAUCUCGCAAGUGACAACUAUUUUCAAAAUCCAGAAGCGUAUUACAAAGAACCAAAAAAUUCCGUCGACAAAAAGAAACUCGAAAUACUGUACAGCAAAUACCAAGACCCGAGCGAACCCAAUAAAAUUACAGCAGAUGGCAUAAUGAAAUUUCUCGAUGAUUUGAAUCUAAGUCCUGAGAGUAAGUUAGUUUUAAUCAUUGCGUGGAAAUUUCGUGCUGAAACGCAAUGUGAGUUUACCAAGGAAGAAUUUAUGAAUGGAAUGAUGGACUUGGGUGUGGAUAGUAUAGAUAAACUAAAAGCACGAUUAGGUAGUUUAGAAAAUGAUUUAAGAGAUCCUCUAAAAUUCAAAGAUUUUUAUCAUUUCACAUUUAAUUAUGCGAAAAAUGCGGGACAAAAGGGCUUAGAUUUGGAUAUGGCAAUCGCAUAUUGGAACAUUGUAUUAGAUGAUAAAUUUAAAUUUCUCCAAUUAUGGUGUCAAUUCUUACAGGAACAUCACAAAAGAUCAAUUCCAAAAGAUACGUGGAAUUUGUUAUUAGAUUUUGCACUUAUGAUAAAUUCGGAUAUGAGUAAUUAUGAUGAAGAGGGUGCUUGGCCUGUACUAAUCGAUGAUUUUGUAGAAUGGGCACAACCGCGAGUUCGUCAAUCACUCUAACGAUUUUCUUCUUUUGCAACAUUCUCGCACAUGAUACUUCAUUCGUUUAUAAAAAAUAUAUUUUUCAAGUUUCUUUGUGAAAUAACAAUUUUUUUCAAUGACAACAUUGUUUCUUGUUUUUUGAAAAUGAUUAUGGAUAAAUUAAUGCAUAUAAUACGCGACUCGUAGUACAUAUUAUAUAUCAUCUUGUAAUAUGCAUUCUCAACAAAUUACAAUAUAUCACUUCAGUAGAUGAUUUAUUUACUAAAAUAUGCAAAGAAAGAUCGUUUGAAUGUUUGCUUUAAAGAACAAUAGUUAUUUACUUAUUUAUUAAGUUCAAUUUGUGUGAAAUCUACUAACAAUAUAGAGUAUACGAUACCACUUGUAAAAUAAUUUAAUUGUAACUAUGAUUUAUCUUGCAAGAGAAAAUAAGUAUUGCCUUGAAGUUGAUCAUAUUGUACAAAAUAAUAUAAUGUGUGAGAUGUUUAUUUACAUGUGGGAAUAAUAGAAAAUUGCUCAACUAUACUACCAGCAGUAGUAUUUGCAAGCAAUUGAAAAAAAAAUUCUCAACAUUCUUUUAAAAUAAUCGGAAGCAAAAUUGGGAGAGAAAUUAGUCUAUACGUUCCUGUAGAUAGUAAUUUCUAGAAAUUGCGUUGUUAAAAAUUGUUAUUAAAUAAAUUUUACGAUACUCUAUUAUAUGACAUUAGAAUGUAUAUAAAAACAUAAAGAGAAAGAAAUCUGUAUUUUAGACAUUACACUAUUUCGGCAUUAUCACUAUUAUUUGUUUUUUAAUCAAUUAAGAUACGUAAUGAUGAAAAGAAAAAAA